AUGGAGUACAACGUAAUCGUUAACGUAUUUUCUUUCGUACUGCUGGUGGCAGCGCUGGCGCUUCACAGAUGGAAAGGAAAGGGGUCCAGGUCAGGCGUGGCUGUCACGUCUACGGUGUCCAACGCAGAUUUUGUGUCGUUUCGCAACGUCUUCGUGAUCGGACAUGUUGGUUGUCUUUUUGCCGAGAGUCUACAGGCGCCGUUUCUGUAUGUACUGUUUAACAGCUACGGUUACUUGGAGUCUCAAAUUGCCGUUCUGUACAUGUCCGGUCUGCUGGUGAACAUAGUGUUUACGAUGGUGACCGCCCGCUUAGUGCAGCGAGUGGAACGUCGACUGCUGUGCUGUCUGUGCAUCAGCCUCAGCUGCGUCGCGUGCCUCCUCAAGCUGUCCCAGGCUUAUGAGGUGCUGCUGGUCAGCCGUGCCUUGGACGGCGUGGUCGCUUCCCUGCUGCUCGUCCCGUUCCACGAAUGGUACCUGCACGAACACCUGAUUCGCCACGACUUUCCCACCGAGUGGAUCGCCGUCGCGUUCCGCGAAGUCGCUGUCGCUCAUGGAUUUCUGGCCAUAGUGGAUGAUACACAGGAAGCAAAAGGAUAUUUCGCCGAUAUGUUGGUACGAGUGUCCGGGUUGGUUGUUUCUCCGUUUCUGAUGUCUGUGGUGUUUCACAUAGCCUCCGGAACAUGGAUAUUCCAGAAAUGGCCCCCGAAUAGAUUGGAUAUCUCAAAACGAUCGUACUUCUGUGGUGAAGCUUUGGGGGCCAUUCGAGUUUUGGUUGUCCGUCCGAAAGUUCUACUCCUAUGUACGAUUCAAGCGCUGUUUGAAAGCACUUUGUGUUUGUUUAUAUUCCUGUGGACCCCGCUGCUUCUGCCCAGUCGACCGCUGAUUUUGGAUGGACCAAAUUUCGGCGUCAUAUUCGCGUGCUUCAUGGCGUCCGCUUUGCUUGGCACUCUUUUGCAUCACAGGCUGCGUUGUAUGAUCCAAGAAUCUACGCUUCUGUGGUUGUCGGUCUCGUUGAGUUUCAUUGGCAUGACCGCGGCGGUGAUCAUCUCAUAUCCGACUGCAACAAGCGUCUUGCGUUUUUACGUACUGGUGGUUACGUUCUGUCUGUACGAGUUUGGUGUCGGAAUGUACUUCCCGACCAUGCAGUACUUGCAGAAGCAUCUGUUGCCGGCAGAAAAUCGUUCGGCCCUCCUCGUGUUGGUUCGAGUCCCCCUGAACGCACUCGCCGUAUGUGGCCUCUUGUUCUUACACAGCCAAGAAUAUUUCGGCAACUGGAUGCUGAUGUGCUUCUGCAUGAUCUCUCUGAUCAUCAUCCUGAUGCUAAGUCUUUUGCUGAAUAGCCUUCUAGGUGAUGCGCCGACUGACUCUGCGCACGUCUUUUCGCAUCUAUCGUCUGAACCGGACGAUUAA